AUGGAAGGAAAGAAAGUGUUAGUAGCUGAUGAUGAACCCUUUGCUUAAAAUUUAUUAAAGAUGCUUUAUGGUGCUCUUAAAGUAGAAUGUAUGGUGGUGGCUAAUGGAAAGGAAGCUUUAGAAGCAUAUCAAAAAUCACCAGAUUUCGCUCAUAUACUUAUGGAUAUUCAUAUGCCAGUGAUGGAUGGAUAUGAUGUUUAAGUUUAAAUUAAUUAUUAGUCUACAAAAUAAAUUAGAGCUCAUGAAAAAGCUAAAGGAUUACCUAGAUGUAAGAUUCUAGGUCUUAGUGGAGGUAAAUAUAAUUAUAUCAAAUAAAAGAUGGUGAUCCAAAGACAAAGGCAGCAUGUAUCACAGCUGGAAUGGAUGAUUUAUUAGUCAAACCUUUAAAAAAAGAUUAAUUGUCUUAAUAUUUGUGA